AUGCGCGCUGUAUACUUGAUCUCCACUUUCUUGGCUGCUACUGCUUUCUCCUCUGCAGUUCCUCAGACGCCCGCAGAGGAUGCCGAGCUUAUCCCUAUUGACGACACUUUUGAUCCGGCUGGAUACGAAUCUGCUCCCUUCGCAUCUGAGGACGAGCAGGGCGACAACUCUCUAUUUGCCGAAGACAACGAAGAAGACGAUGUGACCGCCAGCCAUAUUGAAGAGCGCGGAAUUUUCGACAGUGGCGGUCGAGUUUGCAAGAAAAAGAAUCAAAAGAAUUGCUAUCAUGUUAAGUCGAACGGACGCUGCAAGAACCUCGUCUCCUCGAACGGGAAGCCGUUCAUCUCCGGCUCCGCCGACGGGGGAAGUCUCUGCACGGUCUAUUCGGAGAAGGGAUGCCCAUGGAUUAAGGGUAAGAGAACCGGGUUUGAUGAGCGCGGUGCGAAUUUCGGGUUUCACGCAAAGAGUAUCGAAUGCUCCGUUAAGGUUUAA